AUGCCAUGUCAACGACAACCGGUCCUACCAAGACCGUGUCCAUAUCUCGCACCGCAGCCCUGUGAGCGCGCGGUGUCGGACGUGCACGCAGAAGCGGUGCACGCAAAGAACGCGCUCGUGCUCGACGAAGCGGUGCGCACCGACUCGACGGCGGCACAGCCGACCUCUGUGAACGGAAUCCAAAGAGCUUCCGAAGAUCCGAAGGUCUCGGCUGCAGCGUCCUCAGGAGGAACUGUAGUAGGUGACCUGGAGAUCUCCACACCUGCGCCCGAGCGCAGCAGAGCUGAAGCCCUGGUGCCUUCCAAUUUGCCCACCCGACUUCCUCAGCUCCCGACCCAAGUCAUCUUGGCGCCGCCGCCGCCCGCUGUGGCGCUGCCAGACCCCGGACCCUUUCGUGCACCCCAGACCCUUUCGUCUUCGUGCCGCUUCGUGGUGGAUCGCUGUCAAAUGGAUUCUCAUCUCAUGGCAGCAGAGAAGUUCGAUCAGAUCUAUGCGAGGAAUGGCUGGGGAAGUCGGAUCAGCGAACUGGGCACACACACGCGGAGUGGUUUGGGCAGUGAUCUGAAAGGAGCUUUUGAUUGGAUCUCGGGCUUGAACAAGUUCUUCAACCAGAAUCCAGAGCUUCAGAUCAUUGCAGAUAUCCCAAGUGGAGACAUAGGAUGGCAAAUGGCUGUGAGGCAUUUGAACACUGCAAAGCUUUACUUUGGUGGUGACAUCGCCAGGAGCGUUGCUGAAUCGAAUGCCAAGAGGUUCAAAGAUCAUGCCAACAAAGUCUUGCAACACUGGGAUCUCCAUUCCUGCGGAGCGCCCCAGUGGUACACCAGCUGCGAUUCCACCCGCCAUCCGUUCGACGUGAUCAUGAUCCGGGAUGCGCUCCAGCAUAUUCCCAUCCUCAAGGUGCAGCAGAUCUUACACAAGGUGAUUUUGGAGUCGGGUGCCAAAUGGUUGAUCACUUCGAGCUAUCCGGAGAGUGAUACACUACAUCACAAGGAUACCGCUGCCUGUCACAACGAUGAGAAGCUCUUCUGCAGCAAGGGCGCAAUGCGUAAUGGUGACGGUGGAUGGUAUCCCAUUGCGUUGGACUGUGCACCUUUCCUCUUCCCUCCUCCGGCGGUCAAAACACCGUCGCACAGCACCUUUCCAAUUGAGCAUGAUUUUAUGUAUAUCUACCGCAUCGAUGAUGCCUUGAAGGAUUCUGCAGUUUUGGUGGUGGGAAGGGUGUCGUGUUUGUGUUUCUUUAUCCAAGCAAAGAGUCAUUCUGUAGAAAAGACUUGA